AUGCAGGAGGAGCGGUGCCAGUACGUUGUGAGAGUUAAGACAGGAAAUGUCGAUCAUGGAGGAACGGACUCCACCAUUAGCCUCAAGUUAAAGUCCCUUUCCGGCAAUAGUUUUACCAUUGCCGACCUCGACGAGUGGGGCUUAAUGGGACCCGGUCAGGACUACUUCGAGAGGGGCAACCUUGACGUCUUCAAGGGCACUAGCAACUGCCUCAAUGUUUGCGCCAUCAACGUCACCUCCAACGACGCAGGGCACAAGCUAGGGUGGUACUUGGAUUACGUGGAAGUCACCGUCAGUGGCGACGUAUCUAAGGAGAUAUCGUUCCCGGUGAACCGGUGGCUGGCAAAAGACGAAUCGCCCUAUUCGCUCUCUGCCACCGUCGACUCAUGCUUCAGCGUCUAUCGUCUAGAUCCCCACUCUCUUGUCUGUGUGAGCGAGCAAGAGUAA